UUGAUCAUAGAUAUAGCAUAAACACCAGCACUAGUCCUGUAGUCUCGAUUCAGUCGCACCGUGACCUGAACCGCGCGCGGUCUUCAGCGGAGAAAACCGGUUCGAGCGGGAUUUAACGGCAAUAUGGCGUUCGUGACGUUUUGCUUUUUGGCGGUAUUAUGUAGUUUGCUCCAACAAGGUCUAGCCAUCACAUGCUACCAGUGUAAUAGUCACAAUGACUCCCGAUGUCUGCUGACCAAACUGCCCGACUCGCUGCGACUACCCUGCGGACCAAAAGACACGAUGUGCCGGAAAAUCUCACAAGUCGUGGAGUUCGAGAUGAACGGUAUGCCACCGGACAGCCGUGUCAUCAGAGGCUGCGGAUGGGAUGAGACCAGCUACAAGGGUCGUUGCUACCAGCGCUCAGGGUUUGGAGGCAGACAGGAGGUGUGUUCGUGCUUAGAAGACGGCUGUAACUCCGCCGCGGUACCAGUCGGAGCCACCGUCCUAAUGCUCCUUACAUUCGCUUUACUAAGAUUCUAAAUCAUAGAAUAAUCAAAUCAAGUGUAUGUAUACAAAGUUGUUAUAUGAGAAUAUAGUUACUUUUAGAAUGAUUGAAGUCCUUCGGAUGCAACUAGCUGUUGUGAAUGAGAUAAAAAAUAUGAAAGAUAUGUUUGAAAUUCUAAUAAUUAUCUAAUUGUCAAGCUAGAUACCAAAGCGAAAAUAGAUAGCGAUCGAAGAAGUAUUAAUUAAAUGUUCCGAUACAUAGAAUAGAUAAUUAAAGGUAAUUAAAAUCAUAGAUUACAUAAAGAUAUAAAUGAAAUCGCUGAUGUGCUUAUUAAAAACAUAUUGCUAAUUUAAUUAGAGAGACCAGUCCAGGUCAGUUAUCGAAAUGAAGUUAGAUGUUUCCAUUAGGACUCGAUAUAGUUACAAAUGGGACAAUGGGUGUGUCGGUUAGUGCGACACACGAAGCGAUAAAUAAUUUAGCGAUGGCUUGUAAAUAGACUUGAAAUAGAUGAUAACUCAAACGUAACACUGCCUCUUUAAUAUUGAUCUAAUCAGAGUAUGUGCACUUUAUAUUGUUGUAAUAUAUAUAAUAUAUAUAACAUGUUAGCUAUAUUGUUGUGUUUGUAAAUGCAAAGUAUUUAUUAAAAGUUUUUCACGA